UCUGAGUUAUUUUAUAAUCUGUAUUUGCGUGUUAACAAAUACACAUAUAGGCCAUUUGAAAUCAAAAUCAAAGUCGUAUAAAAAUACGAUCCCGCCGUUCUCUCCCACCUUUGGUGGUGUGCUUUUGCCAGCCGCUGCCGGUGUCUUUAUGACCACACAGAUACUGAGAUCAGGGGUCUGAGGUCAUGAAAACUAGGCUUACAAAAAAUAAGUGUUUUAGAUUUCGUGUGAAUCUCUGUCUUAAACUGGCUGACUUUGCUGCCCACAUAAACAUGAACUCUGACUCGGGGGGAAGCACUGGAACAGCCAAGAUCAGAAGGGUGAGGGGGAGAAGGAAGGACUGUCCCUUCAGAUGACAGCGGGAGCAGGUUUCUUGGUUACCAUACUUAGCAUAACACAUGCGGCACAAGCUGUAGUACUGGGGUCUUACAAAGGCUUUGUAUGUAAACAUGUAUAUUUAUAUAUUACUGAUUCAGACCUUGAAUUUUACUUAGUAAUAUGAAAAAAAAUGGUAGAUCUUUCUGGACACAUCUGGCUAGGUUCUUUCAAGCAUUUAAAUGGAAACAGUGCCUGCCUCUUCUGAAAACUUCUGUUUACAGAUUUAAGCUUAUAGGCCCAGAUUAAAAUAUCCAAACUAGAUCUAAGGAUACUGCGAGUUUCCCUUUACUCACAUUUUUUCCGUACAUUUUCUUCAUGAAGUUCUUGGAAGGUUAAAGAAUGUAGCUGUAUGACAAAAAUCUGGUUUGUUAAAUGUUGAUAAGAGUGCCACUGCACUACAUUACCUUACAUACUUUGUCAUAGCUGUAAGUCAUAGUCCUUAGGCUUGUUAAGUUUACCUGUGACAUCAUUAUUAUUAAUGAUUAAUGACAUCUUUAUUCAUACAAUCAAGGUAUUAAGGCAGUAGGACAGAAGAGAAAAACUAGUAAGUAUAGCUAAUGUACUGACUCUAACGACUACUUUCACUGCGGUUUUUAGCUUUUUUUUCAACGAUUAUUACUGUAGUUACAGAAAUGUCGACAUUUUGAAAAUUGAAAGAGCAGAAAAUGUUUUGCUUCGUUGUUUGGUUUCGAAGUCUCUUUCAGUCUUGAAAAAGGUAUAAGCUGGUCUCUUCAGAGAGAAAACCACUAGAUGGCAUUCCAGAAGAGAACUUUGCUAAAGUUAACAAACGCAGGUUUGUCAGAAUAUGGUGAGAGCUAUUGGAAUUUUUUCUACUCUUUCUUAACUGAGACACUGGCUGAACUCUUUUUGCUCAGUUAUUUUCCCCACUUCUAAAGCUGUAUUUAUGUGACUUAAAAUAACUGUCCCAGAAGCUCAUGAGCUGUGUUACAGGGGAGAGGAGGUCUUGUUCUCUUGGCCCAUUGCUGUUAUCUGGCCUUGUAAAACUGAGUUUCAGCACUCAACGUUUUCUGUUCCCCAAGUGCACAAAUACCUCCUCAAUGCAGACCCUAGUAUGAGUUGUUUACUACCUUGAGGGGAUUUUUUCUUUUUAAGGCUAUAUUUCUUAAUUUGUGUUCUCAGUGAUUUUUUUUUUAAUCUAAAGUGUUUCUUUCACGUGACUGAAAAAUAGGAUAAUUUCCUAAAUCUCUUUAUCCAAAACACUAGAUUAGCCUUCACAAAUGCUUUAAUUUAAGAAUCAAUUAACUUGAGUCGUAAAAAGGUUCUACUGAGUCAUUAAUAAGGAUUUUUCAGCUUUCUGAGCUGUUUAUCAAAUUCUUAGAACAUGUUAUGAUUUAUUUUCAUUAUUAUAUCAUUGGUUAAAUUUGAUUUCAUUAUCUUAGCAUAAAUAAAUCUGUGCUACGUAAGAUUGCUAAUUAAUUAGUAUUAUGUUGUAGCAUCAACUUUAAAUAGCAGUUAUUGAGACCAAAGGGAGGAAAGAAAAUGGAUUGCAGUUUUGAGAUGUAAUGGUGUAUGUCUUUUGUACAGUGUUUUGUAGUUCAUGUCAUCCUUGUUCCUUGCUAAUUUAAAAAUACAUCUUUGCCAAGAAGAGAAACAGUAAUUUUUACCUGUGAUUAACUCUGUAACUAUAUAUCUGAUACUUAAAUCCAGUGUAGCAACAAAACAGCACACGCAUAUUUUAUAGGAAAGAGAAAAUGUAUAUUAGGAGUACUAUGUUGCAAAAAUUUAUUUUAAGGUGAAUAUGCUAGCAAGGCAUAAAUUGGAGACUGAUGAUUUUGUCUGGUUUUUCUGCAUUAACUGUGUUGGAAAUACAAGAUUAUGCAAAAGAUUUUAUCAUUAUUUCCUGUAAUAAGGUAAAUCACUGCAAGCCUUAGAGUUGACAAACUUUAGAUCUUUAAAACACUUUUGAGGUAGUCUGAUUGAAGUCGUUAUGGGGGUGAAAAUCACCCUUUCUGCAAGAAGGGGCAAAGCCUGUUAAACCAGAAGAGCAGCUUUCAGACUGCAGUACUGAAGGCUUUGUUCCUCCUGUCCUGCGAUCUGUGCCGCUUCACCUGCUUUGAGUGAGUGGAUUCUAAACAGGGUACUGUUUUCACCUGACAUAAUUUCUGAUUGUGUUCAAAGGGAGAUGAGUGAAAGUUCGAUUUUUUUUUUUAUUUUUUUUUUUUAUUUACAGCAGAUGUGCUGUUCCAUUAGGAAAAAAAAUGAAAAAUCAUCUUACAAACUGAAAGUGAGUUUGAAUGUUUAAUCAGGUUGACUAUGUAAUAGUGACAAAGUGACACAAAAUCCCAUAGUUUCUAUGGAUUUACUACUGGUCCUAUUCUACCCUGAGUUGAAGUUCAAUCCAGGUUUUGGAAAAAAAAGGGCAUUAACAGCAGUAAUGGGGAAUUUCUGUCCUCCUUUUGUGGUGUCGGGGUUUAACCCCAGCUGGCAACUAGAACUAGAACCAGGUCCACGUUCAAAUGCUCAACUGUGAAACUUGGUAACAGCGAUGGUGACAUACUGUUACUGGGUAUGGAUAUCAUUUCAAUGCCUGAUGAAAUACGGCACUUUUUUUUUUCUUUGGGAUUCUCCCAGGGUUGUGACACAGAAUUGUGUUAUGUCACAUCUGAAAUAGUUGUGUGAAGUCAGUGUAGUCUCAGUUUUCCUGUAGUGGGCUGAAACAUGUGGGUGUCUCAGAAAUCACACCAGGAAAUUCGGUUUCAUGUGUUUUUAAUUGUGGUAAAAGCUUUUUCGUGAGCUCAUCUUCACCUUGCUAUGGGUCAGGGGACAAGACGCACAAUGGCCGGGUCCCAGGCCGGUGUCUACCUGGAGGAAGCAGUAAGGCCAAGUUUCUGCAAGCGUUUCCGUUCACCGCGGUGGGGUAAAAUGCAGCCGGGGAGGUCUCUCGCCUUUUGUCCUUUCACGCCUUUUGCCCCAAAAAUGCCUUUUCUCCUCCCGGGGGGUGUCCUCUCCCGCCGGUGCGCAUGCGCGCGGGCCCCGGCCCUCCCCAGUUGCUAUAGCUACCGCGCGCGCCACCGGGGACCGGCGCGGGCGGCCCGGCGGGAGACGUGAGGGGAAACCAACGGACGCGGGGACCGGGCCGAAGAGAACCCAACCCGGCCCCGCAUCGCGGCUGCAGCCCGCCCGUCCCCGCCGCGCCCCGCGCCCAGGGCGGCUGCCCCGGGCGGGCGUCGGGAGGCGCGGAGCCGCGGGGAGCGGCCCAACCGGCCCCGGGUGGCGGUGGGUGCCUGCCCGCGUGGGUGCUCGGUAGGGAGUUACCCCGUUGCCUGGCGACUGCUGGGUGCUGCUUCUCCUUUGUGUUGGGUUUGGGUUUUUUCCUCAUUAAUACAGGAUUUGGAUUCUUGCAGCCCAUGUCGUUUCAGUGACAGCACAGAAAACCUUAAAGUUGUUCAGCCUCUGGAAAGGUUAAAACAUGCAACUGAUACCUUAGGAAAUGGAAGAUACAUCGGAUAGUUGCUUUGAAGUUGUUAAAAUGGAAAGGUCAGGUGCAGAGCAGCCAUCUGCACCCUCACAACCAAGAGCAGUCAGAGAGGCCAAGGGUGGGGACCCAGCCGAGAAGCCUCUGCUUUCAGGAGCUACAGGCACUGCGCAGUCAGAGGAGGGCUGCGAGCAGCAGUCGGCUCUGGAGGAACAGGAACAGCCAAGUUUAGCACGGUGGGAAUUACCCAGAGAAGGACUAGCCACUGAAGAAGGGAUCGGAAAUAACGAGCAAGAUGUAUCUGAGCCAGAUGCCCCAUUGAGCACAUCACCUGAGAGCACAUCUCCUGUUACCAAUGAGAAUUAUUCUACUUUACUUGAAUUGAGAAAUUCAGAAAGGGAAGAAAAAAUAUCUCAAAAUUCAGUACAAUCUGCAAAUACAGCAAGUGGGUCAGUAACAGGAAGCAUGACUGAGGAUAAUGAAACUUCUAGGAGGACUAGGGCUAACUUUGAGGACGCUAUCCGUCCUGUGAAGUUAUAUCUUCAUCAGGAACAUUUUCCUGCAGAAGCAGUUCAACAGGAUUACCACAUGCCUGAUGUCAUAACUGUCAGAGUACAAACAGAUUCUGAUUCAUUCCAAGAUGUAGUUGUGACAAUCGAAAGACCUACCUAUCAUAAACCAUUUCUGGGUGGAUUUAAGAAUCAGAUAACAGGAGUGGAAUUUCAUAAUGCAGGAUCACAAACGAUACCCAAGAAACGACCUGACAAAGGAAUUCAGUUACUUUGUAGAGAAACACAGACAGUUUUUGAAAAAAAUAAGGCACAACAAACAAGAAAUACAACAUCAACACAGAUGACUAAAAUUGGCCUGUAUGUGUCAAACAUGACUGACAAACUAAUAAGUCCUGGAAAGUAUCUUACAGCGGAAGAAUACCAUAAACGUAGACUUGAAGCAGUUGUAGUAUUACAGAAGUAUUUCCGUCGUUGGCAUGCUAUAAAUGUAGUACAAAAUCUGAGGGAAGAAAAGAGGUUAAGACUGGCAUGGGAGGCACAAGCAGAGUUAUGGAGAAAAAAAGAGAAAGAAGAAAAACUGCGAAGGGAGCACGAACGAAGAUUGAACCCUAAAACAAAAGAUGAUUUUGAGCUGCUGUACAAUGCUUUAGAAUUAUGGAGGCAGGAGGAGACUGAACGGAUUGACAGAACUCUUACUGGCGCUGAAAGAAAGGCAGCAUUUUGUGGACUUCUGGAACAAGAGGCACAGCUGAUUGCGUCCAUUGGGAGACACAAACUAAAUGCAAAUGAGGAGAAUCAACAGAAAGCAAUACUGUACUUUUUGGCUAAGUGUGCACAACCUAAGAGGUGGAAAGCAUAUGAUGGAAAAGUCACUGAAAUGGACACACAGUACACACUCCGUGCGAGAGAACUAUUGGAAAUCUACCGCAGCGUUAGCAUGAAUGACAUCCCAAAAGAUGAGAGACUGGAUGUGCUGUUAACACUCAGACGUACAGUAAAGGAACAUGAAUGUAAAUUAACACAGGAAAUAGUGGAAUUAAUUGACAGGGAAGUUGAUCUUAUGUCAAGAGAAGUGAAAGAAUGCAACUUAGAAGGACUGAGGAAAAGAAUUUGUACAUUAUUUCUUCAAUAUAUUAAAACUCCAAAGUUUAACCCUGAAGUUGCUAGGAUACUGAAGGUUCCACCAGAUCCCUUAAAGCUUUAUAGAAAUGUUAACUUCUGUCAUAGUUGCGAAAAUUACUUACCAUCUAGUGAGUUUCCUGUUCCUGCUAAUUCCCGCACCAUUGGCAGAUGUCGCUUGUGUUGCAAGCUUGAUAAUGAGGCUCGGCGACGAGAAGCAUUUUUGAAGUACAAGCUUAUACUAGAAAAUCUCAGAAAGUCUGAAGCUGAUUAUCAGGAUGAUGCUAAAAUUGUCUUCCUAGUUCAGCAUCAAGAUCUGCAGUACAUGAUUGAGAACAUAUGGGGCUCUCAGUCAGCUCUCAGUUCCUGCAGUGACCUCUAUGAUUUGGUUAUGGUCAGAUGGGAUAAGCAGCGGGAGUGGUCUCCAUGGAACACUAUUCUCCUCACUAAAGAUGAGGCAGAUGCACAUCUUAAGCUGUGUAACCUUGAGAAGGCUUAUGAAGCGGCAUUUAUUCACAGAAUAAAACGUAAGCAUAUCCGGGCAAAAAACUACUUUGCUCAGAUUCCAGCAAUGGCAUCAUUUUUGCACAGGAGUGACAACCAGGCUAAUGCAAAUGAAUUUUUAAUAGCUACGCCUAUUCCUACUGGGAUAAAAACAUAACUCUUAGGUGAAGUUAACUGAAGUUAAAGUAGUUAACUGAAUUAUUGAUUAAUACAAUUUCUUUGGUUUUAAAGAAAUCUACUUUUUCACCAAUACCUUAAUUGUAUUACACAGAUCAAAAUAAACUUCUAAGGAUAAAAUAAUUUGAUCUUGGCCAGUCAAUAUAACUGCAUUUCACGUUUUAUAACCUCAUUAUUUAAGAAGUAAAAUGUUGUUGAUGAGCUUUGUAAAUUCUAAAUUUUUAGAGCAAUGACUGCAUUUCUGUGUGUCCCUGUGUGGCUUGGAACAUUCUGUAUGUAAUGUAAUAUUCCUGUUGGGGGAAUUAGCUAAUUCUUUGUCACCUUUUAAUUAGAAAAAAUAAUACUAUAAACACUGUGUUAAAUCUAUUUCUCUUGUCUUAACCAUAUAAGGCAGAAACCCCGUCGAACCCUAAAUUCCUACAGAUCAACAGAAUUGAUACGCCCUUCAAAAUGUAGCUGCUUUGCCUUGCAAGAAUUUGUGCAAAAGAAUAACUUUACUUUUUAUAGCUCACCUUGAUGGUCAUAGUGGAACUGGCAGCAUAUAAUUACUGUAUCCAAGAUCUUGAAGUUAUUGUAAAUCAGACUUAUAAUUUGAAAUACAAAAUGCAGACUGUUUGGAACAUGUUUAUUUUUUGAGGAGCUAGUGUUAUUUAAAGUAGAAUUCAGUUCUCCCCUAAACUUAUUUCCUUAUGCUUAUAUUUGAUUAUAGUUACAGAGAAAAAUAUGAUAUGGUGUACAUUCAAUAAAGUCCUACAGAAAGUCAAAAAGUUCUGCUUGAAACCUCUAUUCUAGACAUAGUAUUGACCCAGGACAAAACCUUUUGCUCUGACAAAUAGAACUGUAUAGGAAAAAGCAGUAGUAUUUACAAAUGGAAAUAAGCAUAUAUUUGGCAGCAAACAGCUGGAAACUGGAUUGACUCCUUCAACAGAACAUGAACUGCAGAACCAGUACCUGACUGAUCAGGGCAUGCUAACAUCAGUGGAGUCUUUCCAUCGAUUUUACCAUUAAAUUCAGAUUCUGGAUUUCAGUUCAGUACUGAAUUAAUGGUAGAAUUGCAGCACCUGAGCAUUCCGGUUGACUUAUGUGCUUUCCUGGAUCUCAGCCCUACGAUAGGAAAUGAUGCUGAGAUUGGGCUUCUUCCAGAUUGCUAAAAGGAUUUUUGUAGAAAAUUAUGGGUUGAAUGGCAAGAAGGAAAGCAUGAAUCAUAUAGAUAGUAAUGUAAGUCUUUAUAAAUUUGUCGCCUAUCUUUUUAAACAGCUUUUAAAAAAUGUACUUUACAACCCUAGAGGAUGAUUUAAAUAAACAGUAAGGAAAUAAUUCAAACAAAUGUGAAAAGUCACUAGUCCAUUGAUUUCAAUGCCAUGGGGUGUUGAAGAUUUUUGGAAUCAUAGAAUCAGAUAGGUUGAAAAAGACCCUUAAGAUCAUCAAGUCCACCUGUUAACCGAACAUUGCCCAGUCCACCACUAAACCAUGUCCCGAAGCACCAUAUCUACACAUCCUGUAAAUACCUCUAGGGAUGGCAAUUCCAGCACUUCCCUGGGUAGCCUGUUCCAAUGCUUCACAACCUUUCAGUGAAGAAAUUUUCCCUAAUAUCCAAUCUAAACCUUCCCUGGCGCAACUUGAGACCAUUUCCUCUUGUCCUGUCACUUGUUACUUGGGAGAAGAGACUGACCCCCACCUCUCUACAACCUCCUUUCAGGUAGUUGUAGAGAGCGAUAAGGUCUCCCCUCAACCUCCUUUUCUCCAGGCUAAACAACCCCAGUUCCCUCAGCCGCCCCUCACAAGGCUUCCUCUCUAGGCCCUUUACCUGCUUCAUUGCCCUUGUCUGGGCACGCUCCAGCAGCUCAAUGUCUUUCUUGUAGUGAGGGGCCCAAAACUGAAUACAGUAUUCAAGGUGGAGCCUCACCAGUGCCAAGUACAGGGGGAUGAUCUCUUUCCCUAGUCCUGCUGGCCACACUAUUUCUGAUGCAAACCAGGAUGCUGUUGGCCUUCUUGGCCAUCUGGGCACACUGCUGGCUCGUAUUCAGCUGGUUGUUGACCAACACCCUCAGGUCCUUUUCUGCCAGGCAGCUCUCCAGCCGCUCUUCCCCAAAUCUGUAGCGCUGCAUGGGGUUGUUGUGAUCCAAGUGCAGGACCCAGCGCUUGGCCUUAUUAAACCUCAUACAGUUGGCCUUGGCCCAUCAAUCCAGCCUGUCCAGAUCCCUUUGUAGAGCCUUCCUACUCUCAAGCAGAUCAACACUCCCACUCAACCUGGUGUUGUCUGCAAACUUACUGAGGGUGCAUUCAUUGAUAAAGAUAUUAAACAGAACUGGCUCAAAUACUGAGCCCUGGGAAACACCACUUGUGACUGACCACCAACUGGAUUUAAUUCCAUUCACCAUCAGUCUUUGGGCCUGGCCAUCCAGCCAGUGUUUUUACCCAGCAAAGCAUACGCCCAUCCAAGCCAUGAGCAGCCAGUUUCUCCAGGACAAUGCUGUGGGAAAUGAUGUCAAAGACUACUAAAGUCUAGGUAGACAACAUCCAUAGCUUUUCGCUCAUCCACUAAGUGGUUCACCUUGUCAUAGAAGGAAUGUACAAAAUUGUAGAAUAAUUCAGGUUUGAAGGGACCUCAGAAUUCCGUCUCCGACUCAAAGCAGAGUCAGCUAUAAGUUCAGACUGAAUCGCUCAAGGCUCUGUCCAUUUCAGUCUUGAAAAUCUUCAAGGAUGGACAAUGCAUAAACUCUAGUGGCAACAUGUUCCAGUGCUUGACUGUCCUCAUCUUAAAAAAAGUUUUUAAUUUCAGUAGAGUAUAUUGUCUUUCAUCCUCUACCAUGCACAGCUGUAAAAAGCCUGGCUUCAUCUUCUUGAUAAUCUAUUCUUACGUUUUGGAAAGCUGCUAUCAGUUUUUUCCCACUCCUCCUUUUCUCCAGGCUGCGCAAGCCCAGUUCCUUCAGCCUCUCCUCACAUGUCAAGUGCUUCUGCCCCUUGAAUUUCUUAGUGGACCUCUGUUGAACUUGCUCCAGUUUAUCAAAGCCUUUCUUGAUUUGAAAGGCCCACAUCUGGCACAGUAUUACAGAGUUAUGCUUGAAAAGUUCUAGAUUCUAUAUUCAGUUCAGUAUUCUCAAGCAAACUAGUGUUUUGGCCUGCUAGGGAACUGCUCACACACACAAUUCUUUUGGUUUACGCAGAAGUCCGGCAGAUUGUCCCUGAUAAUGGCAGUACCAUCUAAUUGCACUGUGGAAGCUCUUGUGUAAAUAGUUAAAAAUUUGUGUUGCAAUUAUAGUGAAUUGGAUACUUGACUAAUGUUUGUGACGUGGCAGUCCACAAAACAAGUGACUACCUGUAUAAAGUGAAAACUAAUGUCGUCCUUACGUUGGUAUCCAAAAAUGGCUUUUGAAAGCAUAGAGAUUGAACGUUUUGGAGGACAUCAUGUAUUGAAAGAGAGUUGUUGAAAAAUGGAAAAAGUAUUUUCAAUAUUUUGGGUAGCUAGUUGAAUCCUUUUGUUAGGGUAAAGCCAACAUAAUUCAAAAAUAGGAUAACAUUUAAAAAAAAAAAUCUAGCAUUAUUGAAAAUAGUAUAAAAUCCUUCAUGUUAGUUUUCUUUAAUUGCUACUAUGAUCAUCUUAAAUGUUUUGAUGAUAAUUUACUGAAUUUAAAAACAAUUAUUUCUCCCC